AUGGCCACUCAAAUUGACAAAGAGCAUAUCUUGAUGACGGGCGUGACUGGGUAUAUCGGCUACCAGACACUUGUUCUUGCUCUCCGUAGGGGCUAUCGUGUUCGUGCAGUCAUUCGGAAACAAACAUCACUCAUAGAUUUAAAAAGGAAUCCUAUUGUUGCGGAUGGCCUUAAUCAAGGCAGACUUGAUGUUGUGGUUCUCCCGGAUUUCCUAGAAAACGAUGCUUUUCUCCGACAUCUUCAAGGAAUUACUACUAUAAUCCAUCUUGCAUCGCCACUAUCCUUUUCGGCCACAGACUUCUUAGAAGGAAUUGUCAAGCCAGCUGUUGAUAUGGUCACGAACGUCUUGGACGCGGCAAACCGUACACCAUCCAUUCGUCGUGUGGUUCUCACUUCUUCAUGCGUGACACUCAUUCCCUUCUCAUGGAAUAUGAGUCCAGACACAGAGAGGCUGUACACUGUCCGCGAUACCAACAAUGAGCUCGAAGGGCCUUAUGAAACCGCAAUGGAGGCCUACUGGGCCUCCAAGGGUCUCGCUCGAAUUGCUGCAAGCGAUUUUGUACGCAAGUUGCAACCAAAAUUUGACUUUGUCAACUUGCUGCCAUCGGUGGUAAUUGGCCCCGAUACUCGCCUCGACUUUGACCCUGCCGCGACAUCUGAUGGUCUUCGCCAGGGCGCAAGAUCAAAUGUUCUUGCCGCUGCGCUAGACUCUUCCCUUAAUUCGUCUUUCCCUUACGUCGGGACUCCGGUCCAUGUUGCCGAUGUUGCAAAGGCGCAUAUUGACGCAGUAGACGAAAUUCUGGUUCCAGGUAACACCGAGUAUAUCUUGUCAUCGGAUACACCAGAUGGAGUUGUCUGGGACAGGGAUGUUCAACGUAUCUGUCGAGAAUUCUUCCCAGCCGAAGUUUCGAGCAAAAAACUACCGAUGGAGGGAUCAUUGCAGGCAAUAAAAUGGAGGCUUCAAGCCGAGGACACGGAAAGGGUUUUCGGAUGGAAAUUUGUUCCAUUUCAAGAUACAAUGAAGGAGCUCAUUGCACAGUACUUGCAACUCGAUGCAAACAAUGUCAAAAAUUAG